AUGGUGCAGCUUGUACUUACGGUUCCGCACACAUUGACUGGACAUAGUGGUAAAGUAAUGGCGGCUAAAUUUCUAGAAGAACCUACCAAAGUCAUCACUGGCAGUCACGACCGAACCCUUAAAAUUUGGGAUCUCAGAAGUAGAAUGUGUACAGAAACAAAGUUUGCUGGUUCGUCAUGCAACGACCUCGUGACAUCAGAUGGCGCUGGCUCCACCAUUAUUUCGGGGCACUUCGAUAAACGGAUCAGAUUUUGGGACAUUCGCACUGAAAUGUCGGCCAACCAUAUCAUGCUGCAAGGCAAGGUCACUUCACUCGAUCUAAGUAGAGAUAGCAAUUAUUUACUGGCGUGUGUGAGAGACGACACUAUACAAUUAAUAGACUUGCGGAUGAAUACGAUUGUUCGAUCGUUCAGCCACGAGUCGUUCAAAGUGGGUUGUGACUGGUCGAGAGCGGCUUUCGGUCCGGCGGGGCGGCUGCUCGCUGUUGGCGCUGCUGAUGGAUCAGUAUACGUUUGGAACACGCAUACAGGACGACUCGAGGCGAUACUAAAAGACCACUCACCGAGUUCGGUAUAUCUUGCGCUCAAAUAUGAAUUUGAUGUCACCGAACUCGAACGGCUACGAAGUGAGGCUGUUCCUUCAUCGGAUGAAAAUGCUACGACUGAGGAUGCGGCGCCACAACUUGCAGAGCAACCGGCAAACGUGGAUACCGCCGUGAAUACCCCAGUUUGGGUUGAUUCAAACGAUGAUGGAACAGUCGCCCAGGAACUGGAACUGGAGCAAAUGAGGAGUACAUUGGAUGAGGCGAUUUUGGAAACGCGCAGUACGCCUCUCGAAAAUCGACCGCGACUUCCCCGCAUAGCCCUAAGCAAGCGGAAUCGGGUUAUCGUGAGGGCUCUGAACCCAAUGCUGAUGACCUAUUUGGAAGCCAGCCGGGACCUUUGCGAGACGGACUCAAUUCUCUUUGGCGCUGCACUGGCAGACUUUCCACGGCUGGACGCACUACUGGACAAAGUAGUGGUAUCCCAGCCUGGAGAACAAGAAUUGAAAAACGUAUCGCAAGGGUUAGGGCCCUCAUCGGUAGACUGA